UAUAUACUGAACUUAUUAAUCAGUGCGCAGUUGAUAGGUGUUUGCAGCUGUAGCUUACCGUAGACACUGGUAAAAAUGCCUGGGAAGACAUUUACUUUGUUUGUCGUGAGUGGCGAGAACAAAAACACUACGCUAGAAAUUGACGAGGAUGCCACCAUCAAAGAGCUUCGUAAAAAAGUUGCAGACGGCAUAGAUGGAGUUGGAGAAGACGAUGUCCGCAUUCACUAUGCUGGCAAGGAUCUCCGACCUGAGGGCCCUAGCGGACAGAAACUGACAUUAAAAGACUUCAACCUUCGUAAUGAAGCGACACUUUUUGUAGUUAUGCGUCUACCAGGAGGUUCAGACGACCCCCCGUCAGUGGUGGAGCCUAAAAUGUACGGUCCGGACGUUCAGCUUACUGACAAACCUGACAUGUUUACCCUAGACGACGAAAGGGGAGGACAAAGAGCUGAAAUGCCCUGUGGACAUGCCAUAAGUCCCGAAUCACUGACAGCUUACUGUAGAAGUCUGUUGUCUGCGGGAAAAUAUGAAUUCUUAUGUCCGUACAAAGCGAAACCUGGAGAUCCGUACUGCGAUGCAAGUUGGGAAUUGUUUACAGUAACACGAUUAGCGGUUCUUACAGCAGAUGAAGUGAAAGAGUUUGAGAAAAAAAUGGCGGAAAAUUAUCUCAGAAAAGCUGUAGGUAUACAGAGUUGCCCUCUUUGUAAAGGUUUUUGCGAGCGCAAAAACAAAUCCGACCAAAGAGUUCGGUGCUUGGUGUGUAAAACAGAAACAGGAGGCAGGUACGAGUUUUGCUGGUUCUGUUUGAAAACAUGGUUGACCGGCGAGUUCAAAGAUUGUGGGAAUUUCGGAUGCACUGGCGAAGAUCCAAGACUAAGGGUGAUAAAAAACUGCAACAAGAAGAAGGUUGUAGAAGUGCUGUGCCCAGAAAUACGUGCAUGCCCCUCCUGUGGUCUACUUAUCGAACACAAAGAGGCGUGUAAACAAAUGGUCUGUAGAUGUGGCCAGAAGUUCUGCUUUAUUUGCUUAGAGAAAGCUGAUGAAAAUGGAAGAUACCAAUGUGGUGUGUAUAAUUCCAAAUGCGAGCCAGCUCCUGUACAAACCAGCAUCCCCGGAUGUUAAUUCUUUAAGACUCUCUCAAAGGACAUAGAUGCGCUUGUUUAACUAACAUAUGGAUCUCAUGAUUAUUAUCAUAAUGUGAUACACUGAUACAUAGACAUAAAUCUUUCAAUUAUACAUAUGUUAUAUGUUGAAAUAGUGAUAUUUAACGCUGAAAAUACAAAAA